AUGACAAUCCCAAAUGAUGAUGUCUCUGUUGUCAUCCCUGUUGACGACAUAUCUGACGACAGCCCAAUAGAUGCUGUAUCUGUCAACAGUCCUAUUGAUGAUGUUUCUGAAGACAGUCCUAUUGAAGAUGUUUCUUCUGACAGCCCUGUUGAUGAUGUCUCUGAUGAUAUCCCUGUUGAUGAUGUCUCUGAUGAUAUCCCAAAAGAUAGUGUCUCUGAAGACAGCCCUAUUGUUGACGUCUCUGAAGACAGCCCUAUUGUUGACGUCUCUGAAGACAGCCCUAUUGUUGACGUCUCUGAAGACAGCCCUAUUGAUGACGUCUCUGAUGACAGCCCUAUUGAUGAUGUCUCUGAAGACAGCCCUAUUGAUGAUGUCUCUGAUGACAGCCCUAUUGAUGACGUCUCUGAUGACAGCCCUAUUGAUGACGUCUCUGAUGACAGCCCUUUUGUUGACGUCUCUGAAGACAGCCCUAUUGUUGACGUCUCUGAAGACAGCCCUAUUGUUGACGUCUCUGAUGACAGCCCUAUUGAUGACGUCUCUGAUGACAACCCUAUUGAUGACGUCUCUGAAGACAGCCCUAUUGUUGACAUCUCUGAAGACAGCCCUAUUGAUGACGUCUCUAAGGACAGCCAUAUUGAUGAUGUCUCUGAUGACAGCCCUAUUGAUGAUGUCUCUGAGAACAACCUUGUUGAUGAUGUCUCUGAUGAUAGCCCUGUUGAUGAUGUCUCUGAUGACAACCCUAUUGAUGAGGUCUCUGAUGACAGCCCUAUUGAUGAUGUCUCUGAGAACAAACCUUUUGAAGACAGCCCUAUUGAUGACGUCUCUGAAGACAGCUCUAUUGUUGAGGUCUCUGAAGACAGCCCUAUUGUUGAGGUCUCUGAAGACAGUCCUAUUGAUGACGUCUCUGAUGACAGCCCUAUUGAUGACGUCUCUGAUGACAGCCCUAUUGAUGAUGUCUCUGAGAACAAACCUUUUGAUGAUGUCACUGAAGAUAGACCUAUUGAUGAUGUUUCUGGUAAUAAACCUUUUGAUGUAUCUGCUGACAACCCUUUUGAUGAAGUCUCUUCUGAAUUCCCUAUUGAUGAUGUCUCUUCUGAAAUCCCUAUUGACAAUUUAACUGAAAACAGCCCCAUUGAUGACGUCUCUGAUGUCAGCCCUAUUGAUGAUGUUUCUGGUAAUAAACCUAUUGAUGUCUCUGCUGACAACCCUUUUGAUGAGGUCUUUUCUGAUAGCCCUAUUGAUGAUGUUUCAUCUGAUAGCACUUUUGAUGAUGUCUCUGAUGACAAACCAAUUGACGAUGUCUCUGAAAACAACCCUAUUGAGGAUGUCUCUGAUGACAGCCCAAAUGAUGACAUGGCAGAUGACACCCAAAUUGAUGAAGUCUCUGAUGAGACCCCUUUUGAUGAUGUCUUUGAUCCCGAUUGA